CGCGGAGGUCUCCAGGAGCGGAGCAGCAGCGCGAGGCGGGCGCACUGUUAGAGAAGAGUUCAUGUUGAUGCUGCCUCUCUGAGGAGAAAACCAAAGGCCCUUUGAUGAGUUAACAUGACUGAUCUGUGGAGUUGUUCGGCUCUCGUUGGAAAGAAUUUUGGAUGAUUGUUCAGCGCGAGACCAGAUGUGAUUCUUGUUUUGUCGUAGUGCCGCACAGCAACACCGGACCCUCCAUGAGAUGUCCACAUGCCAGCUGACCUCUGACCCUCGCACCAUGGACCUCCGUCUGCAGGCCAACCCUCAGCUCCACUACAGGGUCAACGGGGGCGCCGGCCGAAACUCCAGGCCAGGCGAAGACGAUGCGCUGCAGUUUCUGAGCCAGGAGGAGCAAGAGUGCCUGCAGUUCUUCGAGGAAACAAUCGACUCAUUGGAGGAUAGUCUAGAGGAGAACAACCGGAGGCCUGGCCAGGUGAAGCCCCCCGCAAGUAGCAGCAGUCCUGUCGAAGAGGUUGAUGGACCCCUAUGUUCAAGUCCCAACACAAGUGUCAUUGUGUCCUCCCUCCUGGCCAGACAUCCGAGUCCCAAAGACCAAGAUAUUAUAGACCUGGUCCGCCCGGAACCGGAUUUGGUGCAGACCAAAGACUCAAGCUUCAAUCCCACCAGUCCAGAUUUUCAGAGUAUGAUGCCAACUCCUGAAAGCCACUUCGAGAUAAAGCCAAGACGUGAUCCAAUGGACAGCUUGCCAUCAGAGUACAACCCUGCUUUACCAAGUGGCAGUUAUGGGCUGACAGACAGCCACCCCUCCUACCACCCUCCAGGAAGUAUCCCCACCCCAGUCCUGAUUGCGCAGAAGAUAGCCGAGAACCAGGCAGGUGGAACCUCAAACUUCAUGCCUUCCUCCGUCCUCCGCCAGUCCAGCACAGAGUCCGAAAAGUCACCGAGCUACAGCACCGAUCUUCCUGUUAAACACGGUCCUCCUACCUCUACUAAGCCUACCCGCUUUCCUGCCAACAUCAGUGUGAUCCUCGGCAACAAGGAACACCAGACCCAGUCACUGGCUAAUGUGAACAUCCAGGAGAGACAGGCGCAGAUGCUGGCAAAUCUCACAGGGUCACACCCUCUGCUGCAGGAAGAUCCUCAGCCAGUCAUGGAACAAAAGGCUCGAAAUGUACCCAGACGCAGCAUUUCCUUCAAGGACCCCACACCGGACAAAUCAAGGAUGGAGGCCCUGUCGAAGCUGGGCCUGACCAGAAAUCGAGCCAUGUCUGGAGGUAUGUCGCUCCUCGUCACCCCUGACAGCACCUCUCCGGAUCCUCUCACAGGCGCAGAAACAAGUGCCAAACCUCUGGAGGCUAGUGUUCCCCCGACAACAGAAAUUAGCACCAAACUGCCAGAAGCCAAUGUUACGCCACCACGUCAGAGCCAGAUUUACAUGGACAGAAAAUCAGAGAUCCUGCGGACAAAUUCCCUCAAGAGCCGUGAAUAUAGAAACCCCCAACCGAGCCCCUCACCUCCAGCAGUCACACAGAGCAGCUACUACCCACCUCCAUUGGAAACCAAGGCACCUGUCUCCCCUCCACCUGAGGUCACCUCACUGGAAUUUAACAGCUAUGGAGGGAAAUCUAUAGUGGUCAACCCAUCUGCUUCCUCCAGGAGUGAACCUGCAACCCCUCCAGCAACCGUUGAACCCAAAGUCCUUCCACCUGUGCUGGCUAAUCCCAGUGAGUUCAACAAUUAUGGUGGAAAAACCAAAGUCAUGAUCCCUGUUCCAGCGGGGACCAGGAGCGACCUACCCGACAUCCUCAGCUCCCAUAUAGACAAGAGUCAAACCUUUCCUGCCAAAUCAGAGCUGCUACCCACUGAGCUCAACAGUUAUGGAGGAAAGAGUCUAACCAUCAACCCCUCCACUGGGUUGAAUCGCCCUUCAAAGAGCCCAGCAAGGAAUUUGAAAGCUCCGGCCCCGACCCCAGCCACAAGACCUCCAAGGCACUCUUACCACGGCGCUGUUAGUCCCCAGAAAGCAGCAGAGCGUGCCUUGUCCCCUGAUCACAAGCGGAGAUCUGGCUCCAUGUUUCGUCCCCAAGGCAUCACUGUGCAGUUUUCUGGACGGGGGGCGACGGACGACUCGCGCCGAGAGGCGUUGCGGAAGCUGGGGCUACUGAAAGAGUCUUGAUAAACUCUUUAUUCUUCAGUCUCCACCUGUCGAGCCUGAAUGUCUAGUGUGUACCUGCUGGUGGAGGUGGUAUGCUAGAAGUUUCCCCAGUUAUGUCUAUGAGUGUGAGGUGCGGUCGGAUAGAGACCUACUUUUACAAAGGAAUGAAGCCUGAUCCUCAAUGGUUCGCACAGCCAGUUCUCACCUCCUGUGCACAAAAAACUGACAAACAAGUGUGACAGAGUGCAGCUGCUGCACACACGACACUGUUUCAAUGACAAAGUCUGGACAGAUGAACUGCAAACAGCUUUAUGUUGCCUUUGAUCCAGGACACUUUAUUACCUCUCAAACUGAUGCUUUUAAAAGGAGCAUCCUCUUCAUGUGGGAAUCAAACGUCUCACCUUUGUUUGCCACAAACGAGGCUGAUUGUCAACAGCCAAUUUUUUAAACUCUUCUCCGUUUUCGAAAACAUCUAAAAGAGAAGACCAAAACCAACAGUCUCAAUACUUUCUGACUCCCCUGCCUUGUUUGCGGCCCAGCUGGGGCUCAAAAAGGAGGACAUUUUGCAUUUGUUGGGGACUAUUUACAGCGGUGGAUUAAUACACGUUUGAUACUCUAUCUAGUGUUUCCGGCAGCAGGAUGAUCUAUGUGGGAUUGAGUUAAAAUGAAUUACAACGGGACUAAGAUCAUUUUUGCCUUAAAGUGCUGUUAAGAAGGGGGGCCCAGAUGAAAUUUAUUAAGGAACUGAUUUUUUGGGGAUUUUAUAUUUAUUGUUUUUAUGUGAAAAGCAGGUCAGACAACUGUCCCCAUGCCCCAGACCCUCUCGGGCCCCAGAAGGCCCAGGUACAUGGCAUGGCAGUUAAUUAACCUUAUUAAUUGGGCAUUUCUUUGGUUUUUGGCCCAGGGCCCCCCAGCAGGGUGGUCUGGUCCUGGUAAAAAUGUCUGUUUUUAGCUGCAACAGGAUACUUAUAGCCACAAUUUACAGAAAAUAGCUGCAGUUACAAAAAGGAGAAAAAUAAGAAAUGAGCAGCUAAUUGUGCACAAGAGUAAUUUAGGUAUUUAAGGAAAAAAAGGUUAAAUAAUGGAGCAACCUGCACCAAAAAGUCAGAAAAGGCCUCCCGCAGCGCAUCUCUGUAUCCAGUUAUUUGUUUUAUGGUGUCGCUUUCCUUCUAGCAGCUGUCAGCAGAGUGAAAUUAAUGCUCAUACACAGGCUGUGAACUCUUUGUCAACCCUGUGACAUGUUUGGGUUGUUUAACGACUUUGGGCAUUUUCUGUAGCUUUGUGUGUGUGUGUGUGUGUGUGUGUGCGUGUGCGUGCGUGUGUGUGUUUUCUGUCAGCACUUUCGGACAAAACCAAGUUGAAAUGACUUUUCUCUGGAGAUAUUUUCUUACUUCUGAAAUGAUAAAAACUAUAUUGUACAGAGCAGAAGGUUCGUGAAGAGGCGUGUGUGUGGACAGGAAGUGAAGAACGGAAGAAUAACUGUUCUGGAAACUCGUAUCUCUCCAUUCAUUCCAUUAAAUCUGAUGUCCUGGAGUAACAACGGCGCACGAGUUAAAGCGAAAGGGUUUCUUGAAAGAUGUAAAGCUGAGCUGAGCUGCAGGAUAUUUUUACUCCACGGACAAACCUCCCACACCAAACCACAGACUGUGGAAUGGCUCCGUGGGCAGGACCUUUACUUUUUUACUACGCAGAGGGAAUACUUUAAAACUGCUCUUUAGGGAUGGGCGAGCACAUGGCAUUGUACAAAACACAAGCACUAAAACCACAGAGUCCAGAAAUACAUCCUGGGUUACUUCUGUGUUUUUAUUCCCUUCAGGCUGUCGGUAACUUUGCCGUUUCUGACAUUUGCGAGUGUGUUAUUUAACUGUUGUAGCAGCAUAAGUGUGUAUGUGCGUAUACGUAUGUGCUAUGUGUGUCUUUGUGUAUGUAAGUUUACUGUGUUUUAUCCAGACUCCGGCCUCUGUAGUUCACUUACAGUCACUUUUGAAGUAUACUUUGUUUCACUCAGAAGUACCACGGUACUCGUCCUGCGUGAAUAUUUUUGUGAAUUUUGUUUACAGACUCCGGUUCUCUGUAGUUCAGCUACAGUCAUUUUGAAGUAUCUAAUGGUGCAUACGUACAGUUUAUGACUACAUUCUGUAUAACAGUGCCUUCUUUAUUAGGAAAUGUCUCUGCAAAAUGUCCAGAUCUGCACAGAACAGGGAUAAAACGUGCAUCCAUGUGUGGUAAAUGGGAAUAUUAGCGGCCAUGUGAAAGUUGUAACAGCCUUUCUGACUUGUGAAAUGUCCACAUCGUAUACUGCAGUGUAUAAACUCUGCUCUACUCUAACGUGUCUUUAAUGUUGAUUUUUGUAAAUCAUUAAACAGAAUAAUACAA